AUGGCUUCUUUACAACCCGACCAAAUCCUCGCACAGCUGCAGGCCGUAGGCUCUGCCUACGCCGAGAAAAAGCCUGGAGCUCGAGAGCAGCUUCUAAAUCUAAGCCAUGCCUUGAUUGCAAGCUUGGAACUCCCGAGCGAGGCUAUCCAGCGAAUGGGCUGGGCUGAACCAGCGAGGGCUGCUCAUUGUCGCACGGCUGUUGAGCUUAAGGUCUUUGAGCUCCUAAAGGACGGCGGCUCUCAGGGCCUGAGCGCGGAGCAAGUCGCCAAGGAAUCAGGUGCUCAUCCGGUUUUGAUCUCCCGAAUCCUAAAGCAUCUUGCCGCCAUGAACGUGAUUGGGGAAAACGAGAAUGGGUAUAUUGCUACACCACUGAGCACCGCCCUGACAGAGUCGAAAUACCGGGACGGUAUCAUCUACACCUACGACGUGGCCGGUCCAUCCUUCCGCCACUUGCCCGAGUAUCUCAAGAACACCGACUAUAAACUCCCUACCGAGUUAGCCAAUGGACCGUUCCAAAGUGCCCACAAAACCCAGCUGCCCUUUUUUGCUUGGCUAGAUCAAAACCCACCCUACCUCCAAAUCUUCAGCAAUUACAUGUCAGCAUACCGCGCUGGGAAGCCGUCAUGGGUUGACCCGGGCUUCUUCCCCAUCUCGGAGCGCCUCGCCAAUUUCAAUUCCGACAUUAGCGAUGUACUGCUCGUAGAUGUCGGUGGCGGCAUCGGCCACGAUUUACAAGAACUCAAAGCGAAACACCCCAAUCUACCAGGCAAGCUCGUUCUACAAGAUCAACCUCAGGUGAUAUCUACGGUCACCGAUUCCGCGGAUGCAUUCGAGCCCAUGGGUCACGACUUCUUCACGCCUCAACCUGUGAAGCACGCCCGGGCCUACUAUCUGCACUCGGUGCUUCACGACUGGGACGAUGAGGAUUGUGUUAAGAUUCUGGAACAGCUAAAGCCUGCACUCAAGUCCGGGUACUCGACUGUAUUGAUCAAUGAGCUCGUGGUGCCGGAACACAAUGCGUCCUGGCCAAUCACGUCGAUGGACCAUUUGAUGAUGGUGCUCGGUGCAAUGAGAGAGCGUACGCACAAUGACUGGGAAAAGAUCCUUGAUCGGGCUGGGUAUAAGAUAAAGCAGGUGUAUACGUUUGAGAUGGGUUCGGAGAGUCUGAUUGAGGCGGAGCUGGUGUAG